AUGAAUAAACAAGUGUCUGAAAAGUUCGAGAAUCUAUGGGAGUUUUUUCCCGAUAAAUUGACCAGUGAUAAAAAGUAUCAAAUUAAUAAAGGAAAUUUCUUAGAUGGUUAUUGUGAUAGUUAUCGUUGUGAUAGUGAUUUCGAAAAAAUUAGUGCUGGAUUAUUUUAUUUGCUUAAUCAAUUCUUUGGGCCUUCUGGUUUGCUUAAGAAUAAUGCAAAAAAUAAAAACGAUAUUUUUGAUUACAUUAUGAUAUGGUUAAGUUAUAUGUUAAACCUAAAGGAAAAUGAAUCAAACGACAGUCUAAAAUAUUUUUAUAAUACAGAUAUAAAACAUAAUCAAAAGUAUACAAAUUCUAUAGCGGGUUUUACGGAGUAUAAUAAUUAUAAGGAACUUUUAGACGAUAAACAAAUUGUGAAUAUUGAUAUUAAUAAUAUGUCUAAAUUUUAUGUUCCAUUUAAAUCAUUAUGUACCAUGUAUAAUGGAUUUAAUGAUAGCACGUCAGAUUGUACAAAAUAUUUGAAUGAUGUUAAUGAAUUUGCUAAUAAAUAUAAAGAACUUAGUGAAGAUUCUAGUAUUGCUAAUGAUAGUUUCUGUAAUAAAAUAUUGUGUACUUUAUCAAAUGAUUAUGAUAAUUUUAAAAAGAAAUGCAAAGACAGUUCAUCCUUUCCAACGAUAAAAAAACCAAAUAUUAUUCCAAAAUGUCCUGAACAAAUUUCUGAACAAAAUUUAAGAAGUUCUGGAGUAAUUUCUGAAGAUGUGGCAUCAAGUUCGUCGAUAACAAGCAAAUUAUUUACAGUUUUAUCGAUAUUUGGUGCAAUAGCAUUUUUUUUAGGAAUUUCUUAUAAGUAUUCAUUAUUUGGAUUUCGGAAACGAUUUAAAAAACAACAAAUAAGAGAAAAAAUAAAAAAUAUAAAGAAGAGAAUGAAUCAUUAA